AUGGCAGCCACUCUUCAGUGUUGUGUCCCUAAAACUCAUCAUAAAAUGAUGAAUACUUACUGUUCUACAAUCACAGCUGAACCUGCAAAACCCAUCCUCCAUAAAUCAAUUAAUUAUCCUUUGCUGUCCAAAACUAGCUCACUAUCAUCCGCCUACCAUAAUUACUUGCAAGAUCCUCAGGCUCAGGCUGUGCCCAAGCCCAAACUAGAUAAUAUAGCAAAUGGCUGGAGAGAAAUUCAAGGGCUCAACAACUGGGAAAACCUUGUUUCACCCUUGCACCCUCUUCUCCGUGACGAGAUCAUUCGUUACGGUGAAUUGGUGAAAGCAAGCUAUGAGGCUUUCGAUCUCGACCCCAACUCGAAAAGGUACUUGAACUGCAAGCACGGCAAGCAUAGCCUGUUGCAGCAAGUGGGGUUGGGUGAUUCGGGCUACGGGGUCACUAAAUACAUAUACGCAACAGCCCCACCAAUGAGUACUACGACUCAAAGUGGGCCCAGCAGAUGGGUCGGGUACGUGGCAGCCUCGGACGAUGAGUCUGUGAGCAGGCUCGGCAGACGUGACAUCGUCAUCGCAUUCCGUGGCACCGUCACCAAUGCCGAAUGGAUUGCCAAUCUAAAUACUUCCUUGACCCCUGCUCGCCUCAACCCUCACGACCCGAGGCCGGACGUCAAAGUGGAAGCCGGCUUCCUCAGCCUCUACACUACUUCGGACGAAAACAAGUUCGGGCUAACAAGUUGCCGAGAGCAGCUUCUGGCCGAGGUGUCGAGGCUACUGAACAAGCACAAAGACGAGGAGAUAAGCAUUACUCUUGCCGGCCACAGCAUGGGGAGCUCAUUGGCUCUUCUCCUAGCUUACGACAUAGCGGAGCUCGGCUUGAACAGGCCAUUUAAGGCUCCCAUCACGGUUUUCUCCUUUGGGGGGCCCAGAGUUGGGAACUCGAGGUUCAAAGAGAGGUGCCAAGAGUUGGGAGUCAAAGUGCUCAGAGUAGUGAAUGCCAAAGACCCCGUCACCAAGCUGCCAGGGAUUUUCUUCAAUAACGACAUGAUGAAUUUUAAUCAAUUACCUUGGAGCUGCUCUUGCUACGCGCAUGUUGGUGUCGAGUUGGUGCUCGAUUUUUUCAAGAUGCAAAACCCGUCUUGCGUUCAUGACUUGGCAAACUACAUUAAGUCAUUAUCCUGUCCGUCUCCGUCACCCAAAAAGAAUUUGUCGAAAAAGUCCACACGAUUCGUUGAGGGGCCAUGUUCGCAGUUGACAAAUGCAGCCACUAAUAUGUUGAAUAUGGUUCACGCGCAACACACACAGUCACCACCACUCACCUACCACCGCCAGAAUCCACCCGCGACCGCCACCACAGCUACCGACCGUCCUACGCCACCGGACUCCGACUGCAGCCGGCCUCCGAUAGCAGCCAGUCUCCGCCCGCAGUCUGCCUCCUCCCUCCGCCGUCAACUUAGCGACCAGCCCACCAUGGAAGCUGCUUCAUACAACUGCGACCUCCUCCGGCUAACAGUCACAACGGGUAGCUGUCAGACUGACUUGCCCUGCAACUACCUGACCCGCGGCUUCCUCGGAGAAAACGAAACGCAACGGAGCUCUAAGAGCCGCUGCCGCAUCACCGGCGACGAGGAUGAUCACACAGCAGAACCUGGACCCAUCCUCCAUAAAUCAAUUAAUUAUCCUUUGUUGUCCAAAACUAGGUCAUUAUCAUCCGCCUACCAUAAUUACUUGCAACCUCCUCAGGCUCAGGCUGUGCCCAAGCCCAAACUAGAUAUAGCAAGUGGCUGGAGAGAAAUUCAAGGGCUCAACAACUGGGAAAACCUUGUUUCACCCUUGCACCCUCUUCUCCGUGACGAGAUCAUUCGUUACGGUGAAUUCGUGAAAGCAAGCUACGAGGCUUUCGAUCUCGACCCUCAGGACCCGAGGCCGGACGUCAAAGUUGAAGCCGGCUUCCUCAGCCUCUACACUACUUCGGAGGAAAAGGGCAGCAGCCAGUUCGGGCUAACAAGUUGCCGAGAGCAGCUUCUGGCCGAGAAAACCCUAGGCAGCUUGGCGACGGGGCAUAUAUACUUCCUCCAAGAAUAA